AGGACGUGGCCUACCGGCGCCGGACCGAGGCCUUGGAGGAUGUUUCCCUCACACUCACCAAGAGGCUCAGCUUCAUCAACGAGGAUAAGCGCGGCUCUUCGACAGUGGAACUAGUCAAGAGGGAAGGAUCAACAUUGGGCCUCAUACUAUCCGGUGGGAUUGAUAAAGGCAGCCGUCCAAAAGUCGAGUCUCUCCGGCCGGGCAGCAUAGCACACAGAUGCGAUGCCCUGGCCGUCGGAGACCACAUCGUAGCUGUGAACGGUAUCCGGACCAGCAAGCUGAAGCACGAUGAAAUUGUCAACUUGCUCAAGAAUGCUGGCGACAAGGUUGUGCUUGACGUUGAGUAUGAGAUUCCGAGCACAGCUGCAGAGAUGUCGAUGUGCGUCUGUCCCAAGGUGAUCCAAGUCAAGCUUGAGAAGGAGAAUGGCAGCUUCGGAUUCCUCAUCCGCGGCGGCACCUGUCCGGAGAAACUCAAGUGCCGUCCUUUGACAAUCACUCACGUGAGGCCAGGAGGUCCCGCGGACAGGGAAGGCACCAUCAAAGCGGGUGACAGGCUAUUGGCAGUUGACAACAUAAACCUGAACAACGCUUCUCUCAACGAAGCCAUGGCUGUGCUGAAGCAGGUUGAGAAGCAAGCACUGCUGACCAUAGAGUAUGACGUCUCGGUUAUGGAUGCUGUAAGGAAUGCGUCGGGCCCUCUUCUCGUGGAAAUUGACAAGACACCAGGAGCACAGCUGGGAGCAACGUUGACGCAAGUUCCACACGGAGAAGGAGCCGUUGUUUUCGACAGCAUCAAACAAGCAAGUGUGGCUGAAAGGUGCGGUGCCCUCCACGUCGGCGACCAGCUGCUGGCUAUCGACGGGACACGGGUGGACCAGAUGACUGCGGCCGAGGCCAUGCAGCUCCUGAAAAUGGCCAUCGGCGACGUCAUCAGACUGGAGAUCCUGCCUAUCAGCCAGAUGGCACUCAGGAAAUGCCCUAGCACCCAGUCGAAAAGGAGUGCGGCUCCACCACCUCCUCCGCAUGGCUAUGCCUCAAGUUACGACACCCUCUCGUCCAUGGGCGGUCAUUCGAACAGGUCAGCAACGACGGCACCGACAGGACGCUGCCCUCUACCACCGCUCCCUCCUCCGCAAGUGCCCUCGACCCCAUCGUCGUCGCGAAGGGGCAAGUCCAGCAGAAAGCAUCUCCCGGAAUAUCUCUCCAGCUCCUCAAAUGCGUCUAUUUCGUCUGUCUACGGGGUUCCACCGUGCCUGGUCGGACCGAGCCAACUGAGCCACACCGAGACCACCCAGGUUGUGAUCUACGCCGAUCACAAGGGAUUCGGCUUUGCCCUGCAGGGCCCCACCCCCUACUCGUCCGAUCCGCUGCCACCCAUUCCAACAAUCAGCAGCAUCGACCCGAGGGGGCCAGCCGAAAGGACCGGAGUUGUGCAAGUCGGAGACCGCGUUCUCUCGGUCAACGGGCAGACAACCGAAGGUCUUUCCCUGGAGGAAGUCACCCAGUUGAUCCAACAGUCCCGACCGCGUGUGGUCCUUGACAUAGAGUUUGACGUCGCCGAAUCGGUCAUCCCGAGCAGCGGUACGUUCACCGUCAAGCUAGCGAAAAAGGGCCCCGGACUUGGAAUCACCAUCACGUCCCCGAAGAACAGGCGGCCCGGUGAGCCCCUGCUGAUCUCGGACAUCAAGCACGGCAGCGUGGCGCACCGCACGGGCACCCUCCAACCGGGAGACCACUUGCUUGCCAUAGACUCAGUCCGCAUGGACAACUGCACCAUUGAAGAUGCCGCCCAAAUACUGCAGGCUUCCGAGGAGGUCGUCAAGUUGCGGAUACGCAAGGACGAAGCCUUCUGCGAGGAACCAGACGCAACGGGAGCCGUUAUCUUCACUGUGGAGUUGGCCAGACACGGUGGACCACUGGGCAUCACCAUCUCAGGAACGGAGGAACCCUUCGACCCCAUCAUCAUCUCGGGACUCACCGAGGGAGGACUCGCAGAGAGGACGGGGGCCCUGCACGUUGGCGACCGAAUCCUCGCCAUCAAUGGCCAAAGCCUGCGCGGGAAACCUCUCAGCGAGGCAAUUCUCCUGCUCCAAAACUCGGGGGACGUUGUAACGCUCAAAAUAUCCAAGUCCCCAAGAAACCAAGGGAGAGGCCUGGAUGUGCACCGGAUCGAACGCCCCAAAGAGGUGAGCUCGGUGCUUCGCAGAAGCUUGGUGGCCACGCCGACACCCCGUGCCGAAGAGGCUCCUCACACCACCUCCCACACGUUUCAGCCCGAGCCCAGCAGCUUCCUCAACCUGUACGCCACCCCUAUCCCGAGCGUCGACAGCGCCGUCGAGUCGUGGGACAGCUAUGGCGGACUCGAGGCCGCCGCGGCUGCAGCGGCGAUCGCCAACGGGCCCAUGCCCAUCCAGAACAAGGUGCUACCGCCUCCGACACCCGAUCUCACUCGUCGAGAAGCAGAUGUUCCGACAACCGUGGCCCAGCCGUCGUCUCCACAACAGUCCUCCUGCUCGCCAAACGUGUCAGCGGAGCUCCAGUCUUGGGAGAGGGAGGUCUGGGGUCACCGGCCGCCACCCAACCUCACUUCCCCCAGCACAUCGAAUCCCCAUGCAUUCGCCCCGACGAGCAGCCACUCCGCCGCGUCGGACAGUGGCUCCGCGGACUGGUCCAAGGUCCUCGAGGACCUCGAGACGUGCGGACAGUCCAAGCUGCUCCGACAGAUCGAGCGAAGCAUCAUGGGGAGCCUGCCUUCGAUUGCGCCCCUGCCAAACCCGGACGUGCAUCUGCCAAACCCCGAGACCCUUCAGUACGACGACCUUUACGGCUUCCAGUCCCGACUGCAGUCCGACGACACGUCGACGGAGUGUGAGUUUCAGGUCCCGGACCACGAGCAGACACCGUUCACGCUGUCCCCGUACGAGGGGGGGCAGCCGCACCGUGAUGGUUCCGGGAUGCCCUAUCCCAACUAUGGCGGUCACAUGACCGCACCUAUUCCCAUUGAGGUGCAUCGUGUUACGCUCUUCAAGGACAAAGUGUACGAGGACUUUGGCUUCAGCGUGUCAGAUGGCUUGUAUGAGAAAGGUGUCUACGUCAACCGGAUUCGACCAGGCGGACCGGCCGACAUGAGUGGAAUACUGAAGCCUUUUGACAGGAUCCUACAGGUGAACGAAACCAAGACCCACGACUACGACUGCUGCCUCACCGUGCCUCUGAUGGCGUCGGCGGGAGACUCCGUCGAGCUGAUAGUCAGCCGUCCCGCCUACAUCAACGGCAAUUCCUCGCACAGAGGCUACGAGCCUUCAUCGUUUCAUCCCUGGAUCGACGACAACGACCGCGAGGACUGCUCAUCACCACACGGCUCGCGGCCUGGCUCUCAGAUUCUGACCAAAACCCUCUGAGAAAGAACAAGCCUUGUCUCCACUCCAGGAGAGCUAUAUUCAAUGUGUCUAUCUAAUGGGCUGUCCAUUUCAGUUGCCACUGAUUGGCCAGAUCUAGACGGGCAGUGGGUCACAUUCUGAUCCUUUCACAACAUCAUUUUUAUGCCUCAGAGAUUUCAUACUCAGGGCACAAAUGAAAAAAACGGAAUGCACUUCAACAUAAUCCACUUUUGGCCGUGCGAAUCUCGAAGGUUCAGAUUCUGCAGUCAUGUUAUGUACACAAAUGAGGUUUAAUGUGGCCUCGUAUUCAACGCUUGUAUGCGUUAACUGCACCGUUCGCAGGCAUCUGGGACAUGCUGACAUGCAAGGAAAGACUUGUCAAGUUUGUUCAAGUAGUCUGUGACUACGUUUCGUACCCUUUCUUCGUUCUACUGCACUGUACGAAUAGGUGUGUUGACGUGGUCAAGAGAGCGAUGACGCUAUGGCUUGCCACUUUCUUGUGUAACGGAGUGUGCGCCGCUGAAAUGGACAUGUCCAACAAAUGACAGUUCCGAGUAUACCUCCCAAGUCUUGGCAACGUGCAAGCCAGAACAAAAGACAUAGAGAGAUUAACAAGCAGGUGUCUUGGUCCAAACCAACGAUGCAGGUUGUGAAACUAACACGGGUAGAGAAAAGAUAUCGUACACUGCGAGCGGGCUAUGAAAGACGCCGCACUUGAGAUAAUCACUUUUCUUGUUUUACUUCGUCGAUGAAACUGUUUCAAUGCAGCUGGUGUGAGCAAAUAGAGAUAUAAUCAGUGUUACCUAAAAUUUACGUUUCCUUGAGGUUAAUUCAUGUGAAGGCUACCAUUACAGCAAGAUGUUUCAUUUUAACCUUAACAGAACAAGUGAACACUGCAUUUUGCAGAUGGCACAACUCCGCUCCUUCUGAGCUGUACUACUUAGACAAGUAUGCCUCGUAUGAGGAAUUGAACGAGAAUCAAGUCGGACCUAUUCACAAAUUUUCCCCCUUAAUAAAGUUUAAAAGUAUUUGCUUAAGGCGCAAAUAGCAAUAUACAAACUGGAGCCCAGCAGCUUCAGGGUGCGACCAUUAGAAGGAAACUUUAAACCUGGCAGCAAGUAUUAAGACGAGUGCCCUUACAUUCACAUAAAAAUGCUCUCUUGUGCCCCACUACUUGAGCAAAAUGCCUCCUUUCAGUGAAGGAUAACUUUCAUUGCAAGACUGAAGAAAUUUUAUCACACUAAAAGUGCAUCUCCACGCCAGUGCCAGAACAAGCAACCAUGCCCAGCAAUCUUUUUGACCUUGAAUUGUAAAUUUCCGUGUUUGCCCUGAAACGAUUAGUCGUACCUUUAACCAGUAAAACUUGCUUAAUUGCCCAAUAUAUUUUCACUGCUAGAGUAAUUGUACACCUUGGCACAUUUUAAAGAUCAGCAAGUGAUAUUGUGCCAUAUAUUACAAUGAGAACUGUUAAGAUUGAAAUGAAACAUCACAUAUAUAUAUAUAUAUAUAUAUAUAGCUGCUGUUGCCUAGGUAGAGGGCAUUCCUUUGUGAAGGCUUUUAUGACCAUGAAGAGAACAAAGAACAGCCAUCUUUGGGCAAAACAGAUUGUGAGACCAUGCAUUUAAGGGAGAGAAAACUUGUCUUUCGCCAAGCCAAAUUCGUUGGAUCGCUUGCCGAUGUACUCCAUCAACCACGCAAAAAAAAUCUAAGAAGAUCAGCCAACAGUCUUCAUGCUGUGAACGACUCUUGCUGAACAACCAGUUCUUGUGGCAAGUGAGAUUCCUUUCUGGCCUCUUCAUAACACGGCCCCCACAAACAGUUUCUCUAUUUUUACAGUGUUAUCAAUCUACGAAGCAAUGUACUAUUUGCAAUCAAGUUGUUCCUCAACAUUUAUUGUUAGCUUGUACAUAAACGGUAAGCAAUUCUUGUUCAGCAUUACUGAGAACAGCUAGUCAUUAAAAAAUGUUGGAAGUGUGUUCCAUGUUUGAUCAUCACCGAUUUACGCGAAUACUAACAAAGGCAGCAAAGUGUUACGCUGCUUUCAGUGUUUGUGAAAUAUCACCGCUCUGCGUCGAGGUACUCUGCUCAUAUUGGUACCUUCACUGUGUCCACCAGAUAUAAAAUAAGCUGGAAGGUACAAAAAGCAAAUAAAUAAUUAAAACGAUGAAAGAACGUUGCAUGAAACGGGCGGGAGUAAUAAUUGUUCCCUUUGGCUAUUUGUUCGAAGUGCCUUUUCAAGCUCGUCUAUUCAAGGGCGAGCACUGCCAUAAACGGUUCUGAAGAGAGACUCACGAGAUGUGGCGAUGUACAGUUGUUUGGUUUUUCGAGAGUUUCACGAAGCAUGGAUAAUAAAAGAAUGCAUUCUUCGCAUUAAAAUGAAA